CCCUACUGCCCACUAGAUGAAACGGCCGCCGCACACCUCUCUCCUUCUCUCUUGUCCUUCUUCUUCUCUCCAGAGAAACUAAACCCUAGCCACACUAAAGCGCCGCCCUCUCACUCUCACUCUCACCUCUCUCUCGGCCAGAGACCACAAACCCUAACCCCGAUCCAAAACCGCCGCCUCUCUCUCCUCUCGUCCCUCGUCUCUCUCUCUCUCUCGCUCAGAGAAACACAAACCUAGCCCCGAUCAAAACCGCCGCCGCUCUCCUCUCUCGGCUCUCUCUCCCUCUCGAUUUGAUGAAUGCGAGAAACGACCCCGCUCACCCGAUUGAAAAAGAUCGAUUUGAGUAAGAUACUAUCCUUGCAUGUUUUAUUUUUCAAUUUUUUUUGUGAAAAUCGAAAGAUUUCUGAUGUCUUUUUUGGUUUUUGAUUUGCGCGAGCGGAAGAGGAGACGGGCAUCGGGUCUCGCCGCCGCCGACAGCAGCAAAAAGGGCUUGAUACCGCCGUCGGUCACUCAAAUAUGACCGGGAGACUCUCGAUCUAGGUUAAGUCGCAAAUGCAUGGCUUUGUUUUUCUAUUUUUCUGAUUUUUCAUUCGGACUCCUUCUAAUUAAUUUUUUUUGUGUGUAUUUUUUGUUUUGGAUUUGGUCUCGGACGAGGGAGAAGGGGAAUCGCCGUCGAUGUGAAACGCCGGCGAUAGGGGAAGUAGACGGGUGAGCAGUGGCGGGGCCGAUUUAAUUCCGGUUUGUUAUCCUAUUUAAUCGAUUCCAAUUUCUAAUUGUUGAUUUAUUUUGGUGCAGGUGUUGAAAAUUUACCGAUCUGGGUAAGGUUUGCUAAACCUGACCUAGUAAGAUUAACAGGGUUGAACUAAGUAAGAGAUGAAUUUUUUUUAUUUUUAGUUUAACUAUGGAUAUGUUUUCAUGGAAAAUGGUUCGGCGCAUAGACUUGGUAAUCUGAAAUUUUUACUAUAUGAAAACCGUGGGUUUGUUUUGGACUAAAACUGGAAUUUGGAUCUAAUGGGUUUCGGACUAAACUCAUACUUCUGGUUUUGAUAAAAGGAAAUACUAAUUUUUGGUCAGUUUUGGUUUAGAGAUUGAUCACUUACUGGAGUUGUUUCUGUCUAACCUAAGUAGGGAAAAAAAGAUCUCUAUAGUGAAAAUAGGACUUACUUUUGGCUUCUAUAAAUCAUCUGUCACUGCUUGUGAUUCCUACUAGACAAUAGUUGUAAAUCAUUGUUAUUGCUUGUGAUUUUAUUGGAUCAUGAUUUUUAAUUGAUUGAUAAAUUGGUAAGGGUUUUGCGAAUUAGUGAUUUUGCUUAGAUAUGGAUCUAAGCAAAUGACGCCUACAAUGUAAUUUUACCUUUUUGGAUAACUUAGUCUAAUCUAAUUUUGAUAUAAUUUGUGUAUGGUGAACUGUUUUUAUCAACGGUAUGCUAAAGGGAAAUAUGAACGCAUGACAGAAGAUUAAAAUAGACUGGAAAUUAAUGCAGAAAUAAUGAGUAAAUGCAGAAUCGAAAUGAGCUUUAUCUGAAUAGUAGAGUGCUUAAACGAAAUACAUAGUAGCAGUGUUAUGAAGGAACUAGAAGGUGGAUUCCACAAGGAUAAAUUCGUGAAAAGUAAGAGCUAUAUCAUUCAAUGAAAAAGUUUUCGGUUUACAAACACCAACCUGGUGGUCGACUUUGAACUUGUGGACAACUUUAGAUCUCCAAGUAGACCAUCAACUAUUACAACUUCGAAUCAAGUGGCAAAGAAAGAAAAUGAAGGAAAGUAUUUCUCUGCUUUCUAAUUCCCAGCGUUUCCCCUCUGCCCCCUUCCUCUACAAAACAAGAGCUGAAAGAGAUCAUUUAUCCUAAAAAUGACGAGCCACGUGUCAUGUGUUGAUUGGUUAUUGUUGAGGCUGAAAUUGUGUUGCCUCUCUCUGAUUGGUCGAAUUUGAGGCCGCAUAUCAGGCCUCCACCUACUAAAGUCGGUUCUGACUUGUCAGGGCCUGUUAUGGAUAUGGUUAUCCAUUGGCUUCGGGCCGAGUUGGGCCUGCAGUUACGGGCCUGAGUAUGGGUUUGGUCUAGUCCUGAACCUGGACUCCGUUUUGGGCCGAACUGGGCUCUGAUUCUGGGCAUUAACUAAUUGAUUCUUCUUCUUCUCUUUUUUCUCUUUGCAGGUACAUUGCUGAUGGUCUUCCACUCUUCGGGUUGGGCUUGGUUCUUCGCUUUUAGAUAGAAACAUAUUCUCUCUUUCAAAUUGUAUUUGAGGAUUGUAUGCGUAAAUUGGAACUCUUCGUAGUGAUGUAUGAUUGUGUCGAUCUUCCAAUUCUUCGUUGAUAUUCUUCUAGCUUUUACCAUCAAACUUUGGAUAAUUCUCUAACACGAAUUGCUAACCAAGACCCAUGUUGCUCCUUGAUUUGGUUUCAUGAACCAAGUUUAUUGUGUCGCACUUGAUAUUCCCGUGAUAGACGUUAGACCGGACAAAAUGUGGUGUCUACACGUUUAUUAAAAAUAAAAUUUCUUAAAUAAUUAUAAAAAUACAUAAGUUCAGAAAAUGAUUUCAAAUUGAAUAAACGAUCUCGCUUCCUGUUUGACCAAGAAACCAAGACCAAAUUCUCACUCCUAGCAGGGAGGGGGAAAAGUAAAUCUGGAGGGGAAAAAAAAAUGGAUAUAGCGCAAAAAUUGAAUGGAGAAAUGAAAAUAAUAUAAAUUGAUCGAGAGGUGGGUGCGGGUCUAUCUAAUGGAUCGUGUAGGCCCUAUUCCAAAAUCGAGACAUAAUCCAAAUUGAUUUUUAACUAUGAUAAAACUAAAAUGAUUAUAAUACCAUUAUUCAAAAUGAAAUAUCUUUCUAUAUUGUUUAAAUUAAAUAACUAUUAUCUCUCUGAUUUUCGUAUUCUCCAUGAGAUCCUUUUCAAUUGUUAUUAUAGCUAAAAUUAUCUAUUAAACUCGUCAUCAUAUUCAUAAUCUAUCAAUCGUACACUACAAAAACAACUUGUAAUGUUCGAUCGGUAACUAACGGAUCUAAGUGGAGGCCCUGUGCCGGAGGGCGGGCCAGCCCUGACCAGUCCAGAUAAUCAGACGCCAUCUCCCAUGGAUGCUCCCAUCAAGGUUGAAAAUAUAUGUCUAUAUGAACCAUAUGAGAUAGCAGGGCAUCCCAAAAUGUAUUGAACGUCUCAUGGAUCUCAAUGAUAUAGCCUAGAGUGGAUGUUGGUCUCUCUAUUGGUAACGCGACCAGAACAAAGUAUUUCUAUUAUUAUUGCGUACAUUUUUAUGAUUUUGUGUGUUCUUCUGAAGGUAAGGUCUUGUGUUUCCAUAAGAAUGACCUUUAACUGGAAUGCAUAUAAGAUUCUAUGAGUAGUUGCGGCCGUGAGUGUGAGGUUUAUGACUCAAUCAACAAUUAAUGGAUUCUACCUGGUUCAAUAUAUACCAGCCAGAUCGUGUUGGUGGCCCUGCUGACGAAGAAUGCAACGACCUGCUUGUGCAUAUAAGGAACUGCAAAGGAUGAAGAUUAGGGGUGGCCGUUCGGUUACCGGUUAAACUGGUAAUCGAAGUAACCGAAUUUCGGUCAGUUAUCGGAGGGUGGACGAAAUGAUUUUUGGUCUUAAAAGUGAUUCGGUUAAUCGAUAAUCGAGAUAACCAAGAAAUCGAAGCCUAUUUCGAUAGGUGUUCGGUAGGGAUGGUGGUUAUUUCGGUUACCGAUAACCGGCGAAUCGAUUACCAUUUAUAACCGAAAUAACCGAACUGCCACCCCUAAUGACGAUGUUGUCCAAGGAGGUAGACCGUAGACAGAAUGCCAAACUUGUGAUUCUUGGAGGUUUAUGGGAAGGAAGCACAUUCACAUUUCCUUUGUCUUUCGGAUUUGCUAGUUUUGUUGUAUUAGCAAUCAUCACAAAUUAAUUAAGAAGCUUUCAUUUUGUAUGGUAUCUUAUUUAAUGAUAAUAUAUUUUUCCUUGUGGAAGCUUUAUUGGAAUAACAAUAAAAUAUAGUAAUUUCAAAAGAUAUUUAAGAAUAGUCCCCAAAAACAUUUUUAGAUGACUGUCUUUUAAAUAUCAAUAACAAUGCCGAUUAUUCGCAUCCAAAAGUUCAAAAAUAUGUAAUAUUAUUUAUUUCAAAAUAUAUUCAUUAGAGACAAAUAUGUACGUCUCUAUAAAGGUCUUUGAAUGAAAAUAUAGUUGUCUCAAUACAUACAAUUACAAUUAAAUGAUACUCCCUCUAAAAGUAUUUAAUAAUAUGAAAAUUAGGCUUUUAAUAGUGUAUAUAUCUACAAUCAAUUAAAUUUGCAUCUAAUUCCUUAAUCAUUAGCAUAUAUCAUAUAGUGAUGUUAAGACCUUAGUUCUUGAUAUAAUCUCUCUUUGCUACAGGUGCAAAAACAACCCCUUCACAAGUGAGAAAAAAAUGAGAGAAUGAGAGGUUUAUGUAACACUUGGACUCACAAAAUUUACACCCCAAAAGAGUUGUCAUUUUGUCUUAGAUCACUCUGAGCAAGAUGAGCUUUGUUGAUAUUCUAUAUCAAAUGGCUGAAAAGUUUGAAAAUAAAACUUUGUUCCAGAUAUUUUCACAUCUCAACAAGCGUCUCAAAACGACGAAGACUCAAUCCCUGUUGAAACAUCGCGAAACACACGCAAUCAAUCAUGUGAAUAACCUUUAGGCGUUGUUAGCAUCCAGUUAUAGCCAAUUCCUUCUCGGCAGAAGCAUCGGUGAAGAGUUGGGCCAAGGUUUUGCAAAUUCAGGGCUGAACACAUAUGCAGAAAAACCGGGGAAAAGGGGAAAAGUUACAACGAGAAAAAGGCAAAGUUGAUUUGAGAAAAGCCCAAAGCCAGUUGGCACACGUGUGGUACUAAUCAUGCUUGGCACCAAUAGAACCAAUCAAUCAUUCACUCCAUUGGAUUAUCUUCCCCUCAUAACUUCUGCAUCUGUGUGCAUUAACAGAAUACAAAACCUCUUUUUUUUAUAGUAACAAAUUACCAAACCUCAAAUAAAGCAUAUGCAUGUAACCAUCACCUUUUUCUGUACAUGAUACAUAUAUAUGGAAGUUGGCAUGAUUAAAAGUUUGAUUUUAUUUUCAUUUCUAAUGUCAGUUGUUGAAAUUAACUAUAUACUAAAAGUGUUUUUACAAUUUAACAAAUAUUAAUAAUUUUUACUAUGUUUUGGGUGUCUAUUUACGGCUUCUACUGUGAACUCAUAAAAAUGGGUGCGUAUCGUGUAUCCUGUCCAACUCUAAAACUAGAGUUAACAUAUCGAAUUUUGAAUUUCGAUUUGUAGCAUCAGUCUAAUAGGAUGAGGUGUCAUAUGAUCAUAAUUAGUCUGUACAUCACCCUAAGCCUUGAAUGAUGAACCCUGACCUUGAAUCUUGAAUUCUAAGCCAUUAACCCUAACCAUAGAUCUCUCAACCGUUAAACUCAAAUUAAAUCUUGAAUGCAUUUUGUGUGCAAGAUCGUGGAUUUUUUUACUCAUCGUAUCACAAGUGAUGAUUGAUAUCAUUUUAACAUGAAUUGCAUGAUCAAAUGACGAUUAUGAGGGAUGUACAUAGCUUGCACAUAAAAAAGUGAAUGCAUCGAAAACAAAAUCAUAUAUAUAUAUAUAUAUAUAUAUAUAUAUAUAUAGCCAACACGUGAGUCUUGAAGUAUGGUAUAUUCCAUAUUACACCGUGCCCAUCUUUUGCACAGGAUAAACGUCUUCAAUCGAGUUUAUGUUCUUAUUUCAUAUCUUUUGGAUCCAGAACCGAAAGAGGCAUACUUCGUGUAAUCGAGACGUAAGAAACUUUAAAGUGUGGAAGUUGAUAAUCACUUCGAACAAAGAAAUUUACUUGAAUGACUUCUCUAGGGCUAAUCGCCCCGUCGUUCUCCUUGUUGAUCAGCCGAGACUUGUGAGUUGUGAUAUAGCUGCAAAACCAUUAAUUGCAUAAAAUGAGUUUUCUUAGUACUGCACGUCUGCAAUUCAAUUUUCGCCCAGUUAUGGUUUAAAUGGUUAUGACAAGUGAGUUUUGGAAAAGAGAAAAAGAGAAAGAAAGCUGUUAAACGACCUAUUUGCAACAGCUAAACAGUGGGGAAAAAAGAGAAGAAGAAAAAGGAAGAAACAGGGGAAGUUGGAUAUGUCUCCCCAACCAAUAGAAACCUUUUUGGCGAUUGAUCAAAAAAGUUAACAAGAGAAGGAAAAGGAAAGAAAGAAGGGGAAGAAAAAAAAAAGCAAUAUUAAGAAUUGAUACACGUUCAUUUCCAUGGGAGAGGGUAGGGGCUGAGGAUGAGAUAGCAACAGAGGUAAGGCCCCCACUUUUGGUAGAGUUCAAUUAUUACUUGGAAAUUUUCUAUCCCAUAAAGCUGAAGCAGAAGAGAGAACGAAAAGUAAGAAGGAAAGAAAGCAAUUCUCUUUGAUGUAGCUUCUAUUUAUAUAACACAUUCUAUGAAACACUCUAGCAAAGUAGAGCCUCAUUGCCACCAUCAUUAAGCCAGGAAGGCAGGCCAGAGAGAGUAUAGAUAGAAGAAACCGCCCUAAUGGCUUCAGAGAAAGUAGAGACAGUGAUCGCAGGGAACUACCUGGAAAUGGAGAACAGGGAAGGCGAAGCAGCAGAAGCAGAAGGGAGCCCUGAAUCCCAAAAGAGCAGGUUUUCAACCUUGUUCUGGCAUGGCGGCUCUGUCUACGAUGCCUGGUUCAGCUGUGCUUCUAACCAGGUAGCACAAGUUCUGCUGACAUUGCCUUACUCAUUCUCACAACUGGGGAUGCUCUCAGGGAUCCUUUUCCAGCUCUUCUAUGGGUUGAUGGGAAGCUGGACUGCUUACCUUAUCAGUGUACUCUAUGUUGAGUACAGAACUAGGAAGGAAAGGGAGAAAGUUGAUUUCAGAAAUCAUGUCAUUCAGUGGUUUGAAGUUCUUGAUGGGUUGCUGGGAAAGCACUGGAGGAACUUAGGCCUCAUCUUUAACUGCACUUUUCUACUAUUUGGCUCUGUCAUUCAGCUAAUUGCCUGUGCAAGCAACAUCUACUACAUAAACGACAGUCUGGACAAGAGAACAUGGACAUACAUAUUUGGAGCUUGUUGUGCAACAACUGUGUUCAUCCCUUCUUUCCACAACUACAGAAUCUGGUCCUUUCUAGGCCUCAUCAUGACUACUUACACUGCUUGGUAUCUCACAAUCGCUUCCCUCACUCUAGGCCAGGUUGAGGGAGUGAAGCACUCUGGUCCAACCACCAUGGUCCUCUACUUCACUGGAGCAACCAACAUUCUCUACACCUUCGGCGGCCAUGCUGUUACUGUGGAGAUUAUGCACGCAAUGUGGAAGCCCCAAAAGUUCAAAUCAAUCUACCUGAUCGCAACGCUCUACGUUCUGACCCUGACGCUGCCAUCGGCUUCCGCCGUCUACUGGGCAUUCGGCGACCAGCUGCUCACCCACUCCAACGCCCUGGCUUUGCUCCCCAGGACCAGAUUCAGAGACGCCGCCGUGGUUCUGAUGCUGAUUCACCAGUUCAUCACUUUUGGGUUCGCCUGCACUCCAUUGUACUUCGUGUGGGAGAAGUUGAUUCGGAUCCAUGAGACGAAGAGCGUGGUGAAGAGGGCGCUGGGGAGGCUUCCCGUGGUGAUCCCGAUUUGGUUUCUGGCAAUCAUCUUCCCUUUCUUCGGGCCGAUCAACUCCACCGUUGGGUCGCUGCUCGUUAGCUUUACGGUCUACAUCAUCCCUGCUUUGGCACACAUGGUCACUUUCUCUUCGCCCUCGGCUCGAGAGAAUGCAGUGGAGAGGCCUGGCAGAAUGAUGGGAGGGUGGGUUGGACACUUCUGCAUAAACACAUUGGUGGUGGUAUGGGUCUUCGUGGUGGGCUUUGGGUUCGGAGGAUGGGCCAGCACCGUUAACUUCGUCCGUCAGAUUAACACCUUUGGACUGUUCACCAAGUGCUACCAGUGCCCUCCUCACAAGCCUUGACCAGCAAGCAAGUACAGAAACAGAGCAGAAAAAGCAACAUCAGCAAAGCAAAUAGCUACUUCACUCCAGUCAGUGUGGCAUGCAUGUUUAGUGUAAAGAGAGAAAAAAUUUUCCUUUUCGAAUUCGCGACCUUUCUUCUGUUUAGAACUGCGGUUCAAUCAUGUGUGCGCGUGUGUAACUUUCAUUUGCAAUUGGUUUUUUCGUAGUCUUGCCUCCCUUUUUCUUCAUAACAACAGUUAGCUUAGUUUUUGCAGAGUCUAUAGUCACAUUGUUGAAUGUUGAGUGACUGUAUUUUGUUGAUCAUUCAGAGUCGGAGAUAUAUGUAUGGCUCUUUUUUACUUUACGAGCUCGUAAUGUGAGGAUGAUGCAUCAACCGCAUUCGAGAUCCCUGGGUAAAAGAUGCACAAUCAUUUUCCAAACCAUUUGUAACUGUAUACAAUACUGAGAUGAGCUACCACAGGAAUCCCUCCAAACAUCAUCUAUGAAAAUUUCCAGCUCAAACAGAAAGACAAUUUUCAAAUGGAUAUACUUCCAAAAUAUCAAGGAGGCUCAUUGAUUUUGUGAGGUUGCAUAUGCCUAAUGAAUUCCCCAGUUAGUA